GAAACAUUUUAUUAGUGAGGGGUAAUGUAGACAUAGGCAAAGGUAAAGGGGGCAAAGGAGAAUAAUCAGUAUAGAUAGAACAACGGGUUUUGCAAUGCCGUGAGUCUAUGAGGAGAAAGUGAGGACAGCUGAAAGGGAGUAAGGAGAAGAUAGAUGGGUACAAUGGUGCAGAGUGGCGCCGGUUUUCUUCUCAAUUGCCCUCUAUCCUUCACCCCAUCUCCAUCUUCGUCAUCUUUAUCACCUUCUCCGUGGAGUUGGAAGGCUGGUGGUGGUCUUCCUUUAGUUUCAGCAUCAUCAUCAAAGCAGAAGAAGAAAGCAAAAGGGUUUCAAGUUGGAGCUUUUUUCUUUGAUCCUGCCAAAGACCCCAUUAUCAAGGAUGCCCUCAAGGAGCCUGUGGCGUUUAUGGGAGGGAUGUUUGCCGGGCUUCUACGACUUGACCUGAAUGAAGAUCCAUUGAGGGAAUGGAUAACGAGGACGGCUGAAGCUGCUGGGAUCACUAAAGAACAAGUUGAAACAGAUGGUGAUGGUGGCGGCGACAUUCAGUCCGAAGAAUCGCCUCAGCCAAUUGAAAUUGAAUGAUUUAAUUUUUGUUCUUUUUGACCCGAAUGAAUUGGGUGGGGAUAUCGAAUACUAGUAGUUUUUUAAGUAGCCUCAUUUAUACAUGCAGUCCAGCCUUACAUGGUCAUGAUCUGCCUCAUUUAGAUUGUGUUGUGAUGUCAAAUAGUUUCAUGUAAUGUAACAGUAAAUGAAAAUGUGAAGAAACACAAUUUGUAAAGGAGAAGGAAAACUUCCAUUUUGUAAUGAUAGGACAUAAAGCCUUUUAAGUUUUAAUGGAUAUGGAUUCUUGUUUCUAGUUUGCGGUUUGUGCUUACAAAUCUGGUUCUUAAUUUUUUGAAUACGCUUAGAUUUAUUAUUAGGCUGGUAAUGUCAAAUUGCGAUUGACAAAAGGAGGUGGAUUCGAUAUUCAUAGACCCCCCAUCUGAGAAAUGCAGUUCAAGAAAAUUUUAGAACUAGGACAUUAUUUCGAUAGGAAGGCUAUUUCAAUUAUUGGCUCCCUUCCAGUUUACAUUUUUACUCAUUUUACCUCUUAAGCACAAAACCCAAUGAAAAAAAAAAUAUUAUCCAAAC